UUUUCCGGGAUGGCACAUAUGUGUGUGUAGUGCAGCAGGGAGGCAGGAUGUAAGUGUAACGACUAUAUUGAGUUUUGUUGUUUUUUCCUUCGCUCGUUCAUUCAGUCAAAAGCUGAUGGAGAAUGCAAAAGGACAACCUUUUUUUCGCUGCUACGUCGGCAAUACUCGGCAUAAGAGGAAGAUAUUAUCUGGUACGAGAGUAGGUUAGAGAGACGGAGAGAGAGAGAGAGAGAGAGCCAGAUGAACGGAAGCAGCUCAUGAAUAAUGCUUUAAAUUGAAAAUUCCGUAAAUCUAUCAAAAUGAAUGGAAUCAUACCUGAAAUGGAGCAGAUCAUCAGUCAGCUUGAAAGGGGAACUUUGGUUACAAGAUUUUUUUUAAGAAAAAGACCAGAGAAAAAAACAUUGAUGAUACGUAGAGAAACGAGACAGAUUGUUUGGGCACGUACUCCGACAUCAAGACCAUUUGAUGGCUCAGUUGACAUCCGAGAAAUUAAAGAAGUUAGAAUAGGUAAAAAUUCUAAAGACUUUGAAAAGUGGCCUGAAGAUGCUAAGAAAACAGACCAUUUGAGGGGUUUUGUUGUAUAUUAUGGACAGGAGUUCAGAUUAAAAACUCUUUCAAUAUCAGCCUUGAGUGAAAAAGAAUGUGAACUGUGGGUAAAGGGAUUAAGGCAUUUCAUACAUGAUGCAUUAACUUCUCCGUAUCCUUUACAAGUAGAACAAUGGCUCAGAAAAGAAUUUUAUGCAAUGGAAAACUCCAGAGAAAUGGUAACAUUAAAAGAUAUCAAAGCAUUUCUCCCAAGAGUAAAUUUUAAAAUAUCAACCAAUAAACUUAGAGAAAUCUUCCAAGAAGUGGAUACUCGUAACAGAGCAGAAAUUGGUUUUGAUGAUUUUAUAAAACUGUAUCAAAAACUUAUGUUCGACAAUAAUAAUUUGACUGACUGGACUAAAUUAAUAAGCUACUCAAAUUCCUCGAUGAUCGUAACUCUACAAGAAUUUCAAAACUUUCUCUUAGCUGAACAACAAGAUUCUCUCGGAAACAGCGAAUCGGACGUAUCUACGUUCAUUCGCGAUUAUCUACAAGAUCCUCAACGAGACAUUCAAGAACCAUACUUUCAUUUUGCAGAGUUUAUUGAGUAUCUUUUCUCAAAAUCAAACGAAAUUUGGGACAGUAAAUACGAUCAAGUAUCUCACGACAUGACUAGGCCAAUAUCUCACUACUGGGUUUCUUCAUCUCACAAUACAUAUUUAAUGGGUGAUCAAAUAAGCAGUGAAAGCAGUUGUCAAGCGUAUGUGCGAGCUUUGCGUGCUGGAUGUAGAUGCAUCGAGUUGGACUGUUGGGAUGGACCCGAUGGCAUGCCUUUCAUAUUUCACGGUCACACGUUAACGACGAAAAUUAAGUUUCUUGACGUUAUCAAGACGAUUAAGGAACAUGCAUUCGUCACCUCAGAGUAUCCAGUGAUUCUGUCGAUAGAAGAUAAUUGUACUUUGCCACAACAACGAAAAAUGGCAAUGGCUAUGCAAGACGUUUUUGGGGAUAUGCUGUUAGUACAGCCGAUUGAUAAGAACGAGUCAUGUCUUCCAUCACCGUACUCUCUUCGUAGAAAAAUUUUACUAAAACAUAAAAAGUUACCAGACGGAGUUGACGAAAGUGCUUUUAUUAUUCGUAACGACGAUUGUAGACAGGAGAUGGAUUUAAGGAAUACAAUCAAGAAUGGAAUUUUGUAUUUGGAGGAUCCGGUUGAUAGGGAGUGGAAUCAACAUUUUUUUGUUUUAACGCAGCAGAAAUUGUAUUAUACGGAUACAUUUUCGCGAACUCAAGAAACGGAACCUGAUGAAGACGAAGAGACUACAAUGCUUAGUCCUCAGGAUGGAGUUCCAAACGAUGAGCUACAUUUUGGAGAAAUGUGGUUUCACGGUAAAUUGGCAAGAGGUCGAGAAGAAGCUGAAGAACUGCUGCGGAGAUAUUCACACCUAGGUGACGGGACGUUUUUAGUGAGACAAUGCGUGACAUUUGUCGGUGAUUACUGUUUAUCAUUUUGGAGAAAAGGAAAAGUCAAUCACUGUCGAAUUAAGCUAAAACAAGAAAUGGGACAAACGCAGUUUUAUCUAAUUGAAACUCACUGCUUUGAUAGCCUAUACAGUUUGAUUACGUACUAUCGCAAUCACCCUUUGAGAAGUCAGGAAUUUUUGAUAACACUACAAGAGCCGGUACCACAGCCAAAUAAGCACGAAGAAAAAGAAUGGUGGCAUGCCGACUGCUCGAGAACUCUCGCUGAGGAAAUGCUAAAACGCGUCCCCACCGAUGGAGCAUUUUUAGUAAGAUCGAGCGAUAAGGAAAGCAGUACUUAUGCAAUUUCAUUCAGAGCAGAGAACAAAAUUAAGCACUGUCGGAUAAAACUCGAAGGACGCCUGUAUACAAUUGGCACUGUUCAAUUCGAAAGCUUAGUGGAGUUAGUUAAUUAUUAUGAACGACAUCCUCUGUAUAAAAAGAUUAAAUUGAGCGUUCCCGUUAAUCAAGAAAUAUUGAGGCAACGAGGAUUGGACGUUGAUGAUGGAUCAGUCUAUGGAAUUCCCGGCUACAUGGAUCCAACAACGUUUGUCUCGAAGCUUACAGUCAAGGCGCUAUACGAUUACAAAGCCAGAAGGGAUGAUGAAUUGACGUUAGUCAAACAUGCCAUCAUUGCUAAUGUAAAUAAACAAACUGGCGGGUGGUGGCGUGGCGACUACGGCGGUAAAAAGCAACAUUGGUUCCCGGCAAAUUACGUUGAAGAAAUCGAGCAAGAUAGUCAGGCUGAUGCAUCGGAUUCAAUGCUUUUGGGAAAUCUACAGAAAGGAUCUUUGGAUAUAGUAGGUGCCGUUGUUGAGUUGACAAUGUCAGAUAGACCGGGACCUGAAUGGAUUUUGCGAAUACAAAAUCCAAGUAUGUGCUCGGUGUUCGAGGUAGCAUCUUUAUCUCAAGAAACUGCUAUGGAAUGGGUUCAGAUGAUUCAAGAAACUGGCCAAAAUGCUAGUGUCAGAGAAAGUCAACAUAAAGAAAUGGAACGAGCAUGGAGAAUAGCAAAAGAAAUGUCCAACUUGAUAGUCUAUUUUAGAUCAGUAACCUUCAAUAUAGAGCGACUAAAAGUAAAAGGUUUCAUUCACAACGAGAUGAGCAGCUUUCCAGAAACGAAAGCUGAGAAACUCAUGUGCCAACAGGAAAAUAGAUUUUUCCUAAGCUAUCAUCAAGUUCAGUUUAGCAGAGUGUACCCUAAAGGUCAAAGAAUCGAUUCGUCCAAUUAUAAUCCCGUACCAAUGUGGAAUUCUGGUUGUCAGAUGGUAGCACUAAACUACCAAACUGGCGAUAAACCAAUGCAAUUAAAUUAUGCCAAAUUCAGAGAAAAUGGAAAUUGCGGGUACUUACUGAAACCAGAUUUUAUGUUUCAUGAAGAUUACAGUCCAUAUGAUAAGAACUCGUUAGUUGGAGUUGAUACUCUAAAAAUAACUUUGCAUAUAAUAGGGGCUAGACAUCUGAAUAAACAAGGCAGAGGUACAGUUAGUCCUUUUGUGCAAAUCGAAGUGGUUGGUGCUGAUUAUGAUAGCGGCAUUAAACUCACUACAAAAACAAUAACUGAUAAUGGUUUCAAUCCAAUGUGGAAUGAAUCCUGCGAGUUCCUAGUUGCAAAUUCACAUCUAGCCUUGCUUCGAUUUAUCGUUCAAGACGAAGAUAUGUUUGGUGAUAGCAACUUUAUAGGUCAAGCAACUUAUCCUAUACGGUGUUUGAGAACUGGUUAUAGAAGUGUUCCGUUAAAAAACGGGUUUAGUGAAGAUCUUGAAUUAGCAUCACUGUUAGUCCAUGUUAAAAUAAUUAACACUAGCGAACAACUUCGAAAUAAUACUCUGAAAAGCGAAAACCGUGCUGGUAUCCUACAAGACUUUAAAAAUGUACGAGUGACGGAAAGGCACGCCUAGAACAUUUUAGCAUAAUUCAUCUCAUAAGUAUACUUGAAGAUAUACUCGCGUGCAUUUGGAGAUCAGUAUGUAUUAAUUGCGUACGUUUAAGUUGUAAUUAUUCUUUCUAGAAAACUAUUUACUUUGAGUAGUUCUCUUUUUGAGAAAUCAACGAGCAAACAAUGAAAAAAUUUCAUUAAAACUUUGUAUUUAUUCAUAGUGAUUGAAAAUUAACGUCAAUUUACAAUUGAUAGCCAAAUUUUAAUGUCUUGUUUUUAAAUGUAAGAAUAAUUAAUACACAAAAAAACAUUGGAAAAGCAAAGUAAGAUAACGAAUUAAAAAGUUUGUUUUAUGUAGAAAUUAAUAAAUGUUUAGGAAUAUAAUUAUUCCUGUUCAAGCUAUAAUAUAUUUUAAUGCAGGAAAGUUGUUGAUGGAUACUCAUAUAUUUUCAAAUGAGUUUUGUGAACGAAAUUAUUGUUAUUUAUUAUUACAAACAAAAAGUUAUUAAAUUAAACCUAUAUUACAUUUUCACUAAAUUUAAAAUUUUGCAACCGAAUUCUUCCAAUGAGCUGUUUAAAUAAUUUCUAUUAAAAUACAAUGAUUCAAUUACACCAGUUAUCAUUGUAAGUCGCUUGUACAAUUCUAGUUUGUAAUACGCAAAAUGAGAUUAUAAGUCCAAAAUCAGUGCUUCCACGAUGUACUAGGUUUAUACAAGUUUUAUUUCUGAGACAAAGAAGUUAUACAUUUUAAAUUUUUACAAUUUAUAUUUAUUACACCAUUCUGUAACUCUAAAUUAAAUUUUAACAAGGUAGUGCGUCAGCAAUUGUGCGAUAUAAUUUUUAAUCAAUAUGUAGACGAUUUUAUACUGUUACUUUUAGCACUUCGAAAACAAGUUGUUAAUAAAUAUUUUCUGCAGGGUAAUAAAUUUUUUUUUAA